AUGGCUCUCAGCCUUAAAAGCCCGCCUGUAUCCGAGGAAGAGAAAUCUCUGCGUGCUAGAUGUAGAGAUGUCGAGCUGGACGGCCCGCUUCGGGAGUACGGCGACACCAGGUUCAAAAGCAUCCAUCUCGGCGACUUUUGUACUAUCAUCGAGACAACCAACUGUGCGCUUUGCAAGACAGUCACGGCCGCCAUGUCGCCAAUUCUAACACAUUCAGUGUUGAAAUACGCCGAAGACCAUGAGAAUACUUUGCGUGUGUUCUUGCAUCCAUCGGAAGUCGAUGCGGCUUUGGAGAUUUCCUUUCAUAACUUCGGGCCAGAUGGAAAAUUUAAGAAUAUGGAUGAAUCAAUUAAAGAAGAGCUCAUACUAUCUGGGUUACUCUUGCGUGUCGACCUAGACUACCUGCACAAGAGCAGCUUGUUCAACAGCCCGAAGCAACUCCCAUCUUCCCUAGCUAGGAUGAAGCAUCAUCUACGAUCUUUAACCCUUGGGCCACCGGGCUGCCGUUAUAUCACCAAAUUCAUCCAGGCAACCAAAGAAUCUUUCCAGACAAUCAGCGCUACGUUGGGUGAGCGGUAUCUCUGGGUGGAUUCUCUUUGCAUCAUCCAGGACGACCGCGGAGACAAGGAUAUACAAAUAUCACAAAUGGACAAGGUGUAUAGUGUUGCAAUAGCAACUAUAGUGGCGGCGAGCGAAACCGAUCCAAGCAGAGGCCUUACUUGCUUACGCUCCCGUGACACUCCACAAGUUAGAUGCUUUCCUCCUCUCCAGAGGUCCAUUGAUAAUACAUUGUGGAACUCAAGGGGAUGGACAUACCAGGAAUUCAUGUUAUCUCGGAGGCUUAUAAUAUUCACAUCUACUCAGUUAUUCUUUUCCUGCACCAUCGGUACACGCGCUGAAGAUACCAUCUACAGCAUCCCUAAUGAAAUUACAGGUCAUUGGAGUGACGACAAGCAUAUGCUCUAUCACUGGACAAUUCCCGGCGACCCCCUUGCGGAUUCAUGCUGGGAACUGUACAACAACGCGGCCCAGGAAUAUACCAAGCGGAACCUCACGUGGGUGCUCCGGUCCUUGGGUCGAUAUUGCAACGACAUCUUUCUUUGUGGACUCCCGGUGAAACAGUUGCCCUGCUGUCUACUUUGGCACCCAACUGGUUGGAGCUGGGUGGAAGAAGCAUUUGAUGCACAGCGGGGGUAUGGACCGGGAACAUGCGUAUCGAAACUUGAGAAUCUGAGGUUUCGCGGUGCAAAAUGGGAUGAGUUGCCCAUAGACCAGACCCCUUCGGACGACGAGCUUAUGAACUGGCCUAGUAACUUUUUGAGCAGGUCUUUUUCUGAUGAAAUUCAACCCAUUGACCGGGCUGCUUCUUUUUUAGAUGGGACAGAUGAAACUUUUGGCCAGCUCCUUUUCCGAGCGGAAUACCGCAUUCUGCAUUAUGAUAACUGGAUUGGCACCGUGUUCCUGACCCCCGACUGUGCGGCAUCUUAUCCGACCGCGACACACGACUGUGAAUUCAUCCGAAUAACCAACUGUGCCGUGUACACUCAUGAAGUGGCGUCCAACUUGCUCCAUGGCUUCGGCAUUAAAAGCCACGAGCCAGAUAUUUUCGACCCUUCGUAUUACAAGCUCGCCGGGUCUGAUAGGCAGGGAGAAGUCUUCAUGCAAAGACGCCAUGGGCUUCGCGGGGGAUCUGGGUUUUGGACCGACGAUGGCCUCCAUCCCGGUAUACCUAAGCCACCUAAGAUGUAUCUAAGUCAUGUUAUGUUACUUGAAAGGAAAGGUAGCUCUGUCUAUCGUAGGGCUGUUGGGCUCAUUGUCCGGGACCAGGCAAAGUGGACGUGGGGAGACUUUUGUCUUGAAUGA